AGAAAUGAUUCACUGAAUUAAAAAUGUGUAAAUACCAGUCGACAAAGGAGCUGAAAUUGAAUAAAUCUAAAGAAAAUUUUCUAUUUAGAAAUCGUUUCCUUAAGGAAUUGUAGAAUACUUUAAACGAAAUCGUCGAAAUGUCCAUAUGGACAAAUCUCCAGUGAAAUUUUCAGAGUUGCCAAACGCAACUUUAUUCGCCGAAUUACCCUUUAAAGCCCUCAGUUUGAUGUAACUAGGCGAAACGGUGAAAGCAAAAACUAGAGAAACAAUAAAUUUAAUUUAUGUUGUCAUUCCAAUCAGUUUAUCAAAUUCAGUAAAUAGUGUAAAGUUCAGUAUAAAUAGAAAGAAUCAAAUAACAUUGUAAAUAUUUUAAAAUGAAAUUUGAGUGAAAAGAAAAACAAAUUUCAAAAUUCCUCGCAAAAAUAUAAAUAAAUAAAAUCUGUAAAAUAACAAAAAUGGCAAAUCUAAGUAAAUUGACUCAGCGUAAUGAAUUCAUAUGCGCUAGUGGUGUUGCAGCAGCUGCAAUUCUUCUUUUAAUUUCAAAAUAUUCACGAGAUACAAGAAGAAAAAAUCUUCGCCCAGAAGACAAGAUAGAAUAUUUCAUCAGCGAAAAAAAAGAUUCAAAGCGGGUCAAAGCUCACGUUAAUUCAGUUUUCUUCAAACAAUUAAAAUUUUUACUUGGCAUAAUAAUUCCCAAAAAAUGGAGCACAGAAACGGCUCUUUUAAUUGGAAUUGCUGGUUCACUGAUUCUACGUUCUGUGUCGGAUAUUUGGAUGAUUCAAAAUGCAACUGUUAUCGAAAGUUCAAUCAUCACAAUGAAUCGUCCAAAAUUCAGAACUUCGCUUGUGAAAUUUUUAGCUGCUAUGCCGGCCAUAGCAGUCGUGAACAAUGUGCUCAAAUGGAGUAUUGGUGAACUGAAAAUAAGAUUCCGAACAAACCUCUCCAAGUAUUUGUUUGAACAAUAUCUAAAAGGUUACACUUAUUACAAAAUGACGAACUUAGAUAAUCGUAUAGCAAACGCCGAUCAAUUGUUAACAACUGACAUUGAUAAAUUCUGUGAAAGUGUCACCGAUCUUUAUUCAAAUACUUGCAAACCCCUUCUCGAUGUUUUCAUUUACAUUUAUCGCACAACAUCAACAAUUGGAGCAAAGACACCAUUAAUCAUUAUGAUGUAUCUUUUGUUUUCGGGUGUCAUUCUCACACAUUUACGUCGACCCACUGGAAAUCUAACAAUUCAAGAGCAGAAGCUUGAAGGAGAAUAUCGCUACGUCAAUAGUCGUCUUAUUACCAAUUCGGAGGAAGUUGCAUUCUAUCAAGGAAAUGUGAGAGAAAAGUUGACCAUUCUCGCCAGUUUCAACAAACUGACAGCGCACUUAAGGAAAUUCUUGGAGUUUAGAGUUGGAAUGGGUGUCGUCGAUAAUUUGGUGGCUAAAUAUAUUGCAACCGGUGUUGGUUUUUAUGCUGUUUCUCUUCCAUUCUUUGAUAAAAAUAACACAUUAUUGCAAGAAAAUCAUGAUGGUGAACGUCUUAGACAUUACUACACGUUUGGUCGUAUGUUGGUGAAACUUGCUGAAGCUAUUGGACGUUUAGUUCUCGCAGGUCGUGAAAUGUCACGUUUAGCCGGCUUUACAACACGAAUGGAUGAACUGAUAAGAGUAUUGAAGGAUUUAAAUUCAGGAAAAUAUGAGCGAACAAUGGUCAGUAACUCGGCAAGUGCAGACGCUGAAAUUGCUGUUGGUAAAGGAUUAAUUUCCUUCCAAGACAACAUCAUUCGGUUCGAGAAAGUUCCACUUGUUACACCAAACGGCGACCUUCUUGUCAAAGAACUUUCAUUUGAAGUUCGAAGUGGAACAAACGUUCUCGUUUGUGGACCAAACGGAUGCGGUAAAUCCAGUCUCUUCCGUAUUCUUGGAGAACUUUGGCCGUCAUGGGGUGGAAAGAUUGUGAAACCACCACGAGGAAAGCUUUUCUACAUUCCACAAAGACCAUACAUGACUCUUGGCAGCCUUCGCGAUCAAAUCAUUUAUCCUCAUACACAUGAAGAGAUGAAACGUCGAGGAAAAACUGAUCAAGAUUUAUUCAACUUCUUGGACAUUGUGCAAUUGCGACCAUUGAUUCAACUUCGUGAAAAGGGUCUCGAUUCUAUCGAAGAUUGGAUUGAUGUUUUAAGUGGAGGUGAAAAGCAGAGAGUUGCCAUGGCGCGUCUCUUUUAUCACCACCCACAAUUUGCCAUUCUCGAUGAAUGCACAAGUGCAGUUUCUGUCGAUGUUGAGGGAAGCAUGUACGAGUAUUGCCGUAAAGUUGGAAUCACGCUCUUCACUGUGUCACAUAGAAAAUCUCUGUGGACACAUCACGAAUUCUUCUUGCGUUUUGAUGGUCGUGGUGGAUACGAGUUUGGAAAGAUUGACGGGUCCAAUGAAGAAUUUGGUUCAUAAGCAAACAUUCCAUACAAAACAACUAACAAAUGGACUUCUGUAACUUAAACGUAAAAUUCUGUAAACUUGUUGUGGGAGUAUGAACUAUUUUAAUCGUUUUAGGGAAGAAAUUAUUGCUCAGUUCUAAUCCAACUUUUUGUUUCUAAAGCAUUUUAAAAAUUUCAACUUUCUUCGUAAAGUUUAAGUUCAAUAGCAAAGUGUAAAAUUUUCUAUCAACAAAGACAUUAUUAACAGAAGAAGAUUUUGUAUAUUUUUGAUUGAUGUGAUUCUUUUUUGAAGCAAUAAAAUAUUUUUAAUUUAAAGAUUGAUUUGACGUUUUGAAA